CCACCACCGCAGACGCACUAAUUUGACAGAUCGCCUCUCUUCAUCUAGUGACACAACAUUAAUGCGGUCGCUGUUUCAGUUCCAUGUCAGUCCAAUUCGGACGCCUCCCAUUUUAAUGACCCGUACGUGUCAGUACCGGCAGUGCGAUGGCGACCGCCAGAGCGUUACUGCUGUGCCUACUACUUUCCGACGCUCUUCCACGGCACAGCAACGGGGCACACUUGGCGGUAAGAACGUCGGACGGCCCUCUGCAAUGCUUGAUAUCCGAGAGAUGAGACUGUGUCCAGAUCAGAAAGGCGUUGCGAUGGUGUAUUUGAAUGUAUCGACUACCUCUCUCGGGAAGUCUCACCAGACUUACUUUAAAGGGAUCGCUCUGUUCGACAGACCGGCGGCGUCCUGGACGGAGACUAGCGUCAAGUUCACCAAGUGCCGCGGCGGAGUCUCUCCAAACAAUUGCGAGUAUUUCGCUAACUGGGAAAAGAAGCAGAGCAACGUUUGUGCAGAUUACGCCUCCCCCCUCACGCCGUGGUACACCCUCAUCAAGUCCAUAACGCCACCGUUUGUGUGCCCCAUCAAAGCUGGAGUAUACAGCUUCAACAACGCCACUCUGGACUCGACGUCGUACGCUACACUAGCAGGAUCUUAUGUGAACCCAGACAUCACGUGGGUGGUUCGCUCGGAAGUGAAGGACCAGGACAGGAAGCUCUACAUGUGCAUGGAAACGGUGGCGCGUCUGCUGCCGCUGGGCAGAAAGGGUCGCAGAUAAAAAUUAAACUGCGUUA